ACAUUUACGUAUGUACGGUAUGACGUAAUACGUUUAGUUUGUGAGUUGUAUUUUGCGGAAGUGAAAUGACAAGCUCAACAUUACACAAAAAAAUCGCAAGGAGCAGAUGAGAGAAACACGUUUAAUAGAAAGAUUGCUCUUCAGAUGAGGAAGGCUUGCCUGGUCAAGCCUGUUUGUCUCCCUCUGUUGCCAUGGCAACACCCUACUUUCCCACAUUCCUUCUCCUCCUUUUUCUGUCCUCCUUCAGCCUCUUGCUUUUGACCCUGCUACCCUCAGUCUCCCCAUCACUUCCCUCUGCGUCCUCUUCUUCUUCUUCUUCUUCUUCUUCUUCUUCCUCACCUUGGCCGUCGCCCUCCUGCGGCAUGUCUCAGGCCUGGGCUGUUCGUCUCCAUGCUGGCUCACAUUAUGAAGAGGACGAAGAAGAAGAACAGCGCUCUCUGCACUUGGAUGGGAUAGCCAACAGGGUAGCGGAGCAGGCUGGGCUGCAGAACCAAGGCCAGAUCGGACAGCUGGAGGGACACUAUCUGCUGUGUUCUGUCAAACCUGGGUUUGGAUCUAUGGCGGAUGUCUGGAAUAAGAGAUUCCAGCCCGGGGAUGUCCUGGCAGCUCAUCCUCAUGUACUCUGGUACUCCAAAGAGAGGGUGCUCAGCCGCUCCAAGAGAUCUCUGGCAUUCAAUGAUCCCCACUACCCUAAACAAUGGCACCUGCACAAUGACCUCAAUAAGGGUUUGGACAUCAAUGUAACAGGAGUGUGGGAGCGCAACAUCACUGGCCGAGGAGUCACAGUGGUGGUGGUAGAUGACGGGGUGGAGCACACACACCAGGACAUCCAGGCCAACUAUAGUCCAGAGGGCAGCUACGACCUGAACUCCAAUGACCCAGACCCCAUGCCUCAUCCAGACAUCCACAGCGACAACCACCACGGGACACGAUGUGCCGGAGAGAUCGCAGCCGUUCCAAAUAACAGCUUCUGUGCUGUUGGGGUGGCUUAUGGCAGUAAGGUGGCAGGUAUCAGAGUCCUGGACGGCCCCCUGACUGACAGCCUGGAGGCUGUGGCCUUCAACAAGCACUACCAGGUCAACGACAUCUACAGCUGCAGUUGGGGUCCAGAUGAUGAUGGACACACUGUGGAUGGACCACAUCCUCUGGGCAAGGCAGCACUGCAGCAUGGGGUGAUAGCAGGCCGGAAAGGCUUUGGCAGCAUCUUUGUGGUGGCCAGUGGCAAUGGAGGUCAAUAUAACGACAACUGCAACUAUGAUGGAUACGCCAACUCCAUCUACACCAUCACAGUUGGAGCAGUCGAUGAGAACGGCAGGAUGCCCUUCUAUGCUGAGGAGUGUGCGUCUAUGCUGGCAGUCACUUUCAGCAGUGGAGGGACCAAGCUGAGGAGCAUUGUGACAUCAGACUGGUCCAUGCAGCAGGGGACCGGCUGUACGGAGAGCCACACAGGUACAUCUGCCGCGGCCCCCCUGGCGGCGGGAAUGGUGGCCCUCAUGCUGCAGGUCCGGCCCUGCCUCAGCUGGAGAGACGUUCAGCACAUUAUUGCGUUCACUGCAACCAAGUGUGACAGCAGUGCAGGCUGGGGGAAGAACGGAGCCGGGUUUCACCACAGCCACCAGCACGGCUUCGGUCUGCUCAACGCGUGGAGACUCGUCAAUGCUGCCAAGGUCUGGGAGUCAGUGCCGUUUCUGGUGUCCUAUCAGAGCUCAGUGAUAAAGGAGGAAACGACCAUCCCAGCAAAUUCUGACCAUCUGAUCCGCACCUGGAAAGUCUCCUCAGAUGACCUCAAACAUUCUGGGAUGGAGACAUUGGAGCAUGUUGCUGUUACCCUGACGAUAACCCACCCUUGCCGUGGCAAUGUGGAGGUUGUGUUGAUCUGCCCCAGCGGUAUCUCUUCAGUCAUUGGAGCACGGCGUGCCAUCGACAGAGACCCCGCAGGGUACCAGGACUGGACGUUCUCCACUGUGCGCUGCUGGGGAGAGAGAGCUGAAGGCCAGUACAUGCUGAAGAUAUCAGACCACAAAGAGUCGUCGACUGUACAGUGUGCUGCUGCGGGCGUGUUAAAGCAGUGGGCUUUGACCCUGUACGGCUCCUCCAUGACUUUCAACGAGGUCAAGGAGAGGCAGGCGCUGGUGGAGGAAGCUAUGAGUGGGAAGUAUCUGGACAGCAGCUUCUCUCUGCCCUGCCCGCCAGGCCUGGACAUCCCCUCAGAGAUAAUCAGCCCCUUCACUUCCAACAGCCUCAAGUUCCUGCUGUUACUCGGCUGCUUUGCCCUCUUCUGGUCUCUAUACUACACACUGGAGGUCACGCUGGCCCACGUGUACCUGCGCGGCCUUUUCUGCUUGGGCAGGAGACGGGGCGCUCCCCGGAACAAGAGGGGGCGCAGAGGGAGAGGACCAGAGGAGGCGAUGGGCGAGGGGGAGGAGGAGGAUGAAGACGGGGACUCGGGGGUGGAGUUGCAUGCCGUGCUGGACUCUGACGCCAAAGUGGCACUUUUAAGCGGAGAGCGGACAGCUACAUAGCACUGAGCCAGUUGACUGUGCUCUUGUGGCAUCUCAGGCUUUCACUCCUCCCCACCCAGCCUCCUACACUGCCUCUGACGCCAGUCUACCUUACCUGUGGUGGUGGGAGGGUCUCGGUCUGGAUCACAGACUGACUUGACUAUGAAGUCCUUUUUUUUUUGUCCUUGUCUGCAUUCCCCAAAAUCGAGGCCUUGUUUUAAAAUCUAAGUUUCUGCUGUGCUGGCAAAUGUGGGAGUGGCUGCCUGCUUUUACACUCCCAUCCUUUUAACCACCGUCAUCAGAAGGAAAGAUGAUCCAAUGAGGAAGACAUAGUUUGGUUAUAUUUCCUAUGAGGGCUAUGUUUUAGUUUGAGCAAGGGUGAGGCAUGAUUGGAGAGGUACCUUAAAGGGUCUAACAUCUUGUUAUAGUGGCACACUUCCAUGAGAGAAAGUGUGUAAGCAAGUGGUCUGUGUACACUGAUGUGUCCCCCGAAACAGAACUGAGGUUAGAAUGUGGGGGGAUACACUUUACAGACACCUGUGGAGUAACUCUACCAAGGGAAAGAUAAUGACAUGAUGUGCACUACAGAAAGGAAAAAAUCUGCUGUGUGUGUGUGUGUGUGUGUGUGUGUGUGUGUGUGUGUGUGUGUGUGUGUGUGUGUGUGUGUGUGUGUGUGUGUGUGUGUGUGCAUUGUGUGCAUUGUGUGCAUUGUGUGCAUUGUGUGCAUUGUGUGCAUUGUGUGCGUGAUGACAUGACUGAGUGUGCUUGAAAUAUGCAAGGUCUUCCAUGAAAAAGUGUCCUCAAACGUGAGCGAGGGCACUGAUGUAUUUUAGGAAACAGAUUUAUUUUAUGAGGUGUUAUUUUUAUGCGUUUUAUUUUCAAGUCUGGGGUUUUAUUAUUAUCCGUGGGUUAUCAACCAACUACUGAUUCAAAACUUGAAGUGGGGUUUUCAGAGUGUGGUACUUGUAUAUGUAUUUUUAUAUGAAGUGUAAUAUAUACACAUUGUGUGCCUGCUGUACAUAUCUAUACUGUGUUUCAUGAUUUCUACAAAGUGUUUUUAAGAAUGAAUUAAAGAGAUCUAAUUUUUUUAUGUAAAGGAGUGUUUGGGUUGGAGAUAGAAACUGUGUUUUGCUGUGCAAGUCACAGAUGGUCUGAAUGGAAAUAAAAUCAUUGUUGUGCGAAAAUAAAA